GAAAAAUCAUGAGGCGCCUGUUAUCGUUCACGUGUUAUUUGUGACACGCUGCAUUGUUUGGAAAAAUCCACUCGAGGCGGCAGGAGCGAUCCACAGCCUGACAGCCUGCUGAGAGAGUCUAAAUAUUUGAUUAUUGGCCUCACUGUCACAGCAGAGGACAGAAUGGAAACAACAGAGGGCCCCCUAAGGACCAGCAUGCCCCCUUCUCCAUCACCCCCUACAGGGGGAAAGGCGACCCUGGUUACUGUGGACAUCGUGGUGCUGGUCAUCUACUUCGUACUGGUUCUAGCUGUUGGCUUCUGGUCCAUGUUGAGAACGAAGCGCAGCACGGUGGACGGAUACUUCCUGGCUGGGAAGAACAUGACCUGGUGGCCGGUGGGCGCCUCGCUGUUUGCCAGUAACAUUGGCAGCGGACAUUUCAUCGGCAUGGCGGGCUCCGGAGCUGCAGCAGGAAUCGGGGCCAUUGCAUACGAGUGGAAUGGGAUGCUGAUGGUGCUGCUGCUGGGAUGGGUCUUCCUGCCCAUUUAUCUCUCCUCAGGGGUGACGACCAUGCCAGAAUACUUGCGGAGGCGGUUUGGGGGCAGGAGAACACAGUUGUUCUUAGCCGUCCUCUACUUAUUUAUUUACAUCUUCACAAAGAUAUCGGUGGACAUGUACGCAGGUGCAUUGUUCAUUCAGCUCGCCCUGCAAUGGAACAUCUACCUGGCUGUGGUGCUGCUGCUGUCCAUCACUGCUCUCUACACUGUAACAGGUGGUCUGGCUGCAGUCAUCUACACUGACGCUGCUCAGACUGCGAUCAUGCUGGCAGGCUCUCUCGUCCUCAUGGCCUUCAGUUUUGCCGAGGUCGGAGGCUGGAACGCUCUGAUGGAGGGGUACGCCAACGCCAUCCCUUCGGUCCGCGUGCCAAACUCAACCUGCGGCAUCCCUCGCGACGACGCCUUCCACAUAUUCAGAGACCCGGUGAACUCUGACCUGCCGUGGCCCGGCAUCAUCAUCGGCAUGUCCAUCCCCUCCAUGUGGUACUGGUGUUCUGACCAGGUGAUUGUGCAGCGAUCCCUGUCUGCGAAGACCCUGACCCACGCAAAAGGCGGCUCACUGCUGGCUGCUUAUCUGAAGAUUGUGCCUUUUUUUGCCGUCAUGCUGCCCGGAAUGAUCAGCAGGAUACUUUACACAGAUGACGUGGCGUGUGCAGACCCUGAGUUGUGCAAACAGAUUUGUGGAAACCCAGUGGGCUGUUCAGACACCGCCUAUGCCAGACUGGUGAUGGAGCUGCUGCCUGCAGGCCUGCGAGGGCUGAUGAUGGCGGUGAUGAUCGCCGCCCUCAUGUCCUCUCUGACCUCCAUCUUCAACAGCUCCAGCACCAUUUUCACCAUGGACCUGUGGAAGAGUUUCAGGGCCAGUGCAUCCGAGUGGGAGCUUAUGUUAGUGGGCAGGGUGUUUGUGCUCGUGCUGGUGGUGGUGUCCGUGCUGUGGAUUCCUAUCGUCCAGGCAAGUCAGGGCGGGCAGCUUUUUAUCUACAUCCAGUCCAUCAGCACCUACCUCCAGCCCCCCGUCUCCAUCGUCUUCCUCAUGGGCUGCUUCUGGAAGAGGACGAAUGAAAAGGGUGCAUUCUGGGGCCUGACUCUCGGCCUGCUGGUGGGCUGCAUUCGCAUGCUGUUGGACUUCAUUUACCCGGCGCCUCUGUGCUACGAGGUGGACGACAGGCCUGGGGUGCUGAAAGACGUCCAUUACCUGUACUUCUCCGUCCUGUUGUCCUUCAUCACCCUAGUUGUGGUGGUUGUAGUCAGUCUGGCUACAGAGGAGCCCAGACCAGAGCAGAUUAGUCGCCUCACCUGGUUCACCAGGUUUGACCCUGUGGAGCCCAAAGAGCAGGGCACUAGGACCUUAGAAGAGAUUACUAUACAGACGAAUGAGACAGAUGCCAAAGGGAGAGAGCCAGAGGACAGCAAUGGGAAGGCAUGUCAUCACAGGAAAGACUCUUCAGCCUCCAUGUCCAGUGUAAGGAGCCGGUCCCGGCUGAUUUCUGCCCUCUACUGGCUGUGUGGGAUGGAGAGAAGGAAAGAGGGAGAUACAGAUCCUGUGACGCCUCCUGCUCCUGAACAGCCUACCUGCUCCCUGGAGGAAAAGCCUCGUCUGCGUACCAUUGUUAACGUCAAUCUGAUCAUCUGCCUCUCUGUGACUGCGUUUAUCAUCGGCUACUGGGCUUGACAGGCCAGUUAUGACAUUCUCUAUGGACACGUGGUGAAGGGGGAAAAUUUUGUGUUUAAAACUCACGCCAAAUUCCAUUCAUUUGUAGCACACUUUUACAGUUGUGAUCUUUUCAUGGAAGGAAUGCUUACGUCCAAUGUU